AUGUCUUCUUCAAUUCCACGCAUCUGGCGAAACAGCUCCUUGGCUGGGAAGCUCCAGCGCAAACAAGGCGACGCCUCCUGUGCCAGCAUGCCGCCCGAUGCUGCUAGAGGUGCUCCAGCCUCCAACCAUAGCGAGAUUCCCAAACCAGAUUCGAUGGCCGCCUUAGGUCGCUUCCUCGUUAAUGAACAAGGCUCUCGAUUCUUCGAAGACCCUAAAGCCCUCGUACCGGACAAGAAGGCCGCCAACUCCAGCAGGAAAACCAGCAUCACUUUUGUCGAGAAUCCCACCCCAAGGCCAGCUGGACGAGAGCCGCCGUCGCGACCACCAACCCCAUAUAUUCCCAGGCCGCCGACUCCCAUGGGCACCUCGCGAGAGGUAGAUCCUGCUGGGUGUUGUGUGAUAGAUCUGGAACAGUUGGACCUCGCACGGGCGUGCAGGCGCUGGCUCACGUUGUUUCGUGAAGUUCGACAAGGCUACAACCGUGAGUUCGAUGCCCUAUACAGCAUGCUGGAGAGGUUCUCGCGCUUCGGCUAUAGAUACUGGCGCUUGUUGAGAACGAUCGAGGCCGUCGAGAAAAGCCUCGACGAACUCGCGUACCUGGUCCAAGCUGUCGACUGGGUUGCCUACGACCAGGUCAGCGAGCUCGUUGACUUCUUUGAUGAAUGGGUUGUCGUGGCCUGCGACACUUUCAGCACCAUGACCCAGGGCAGAACGCCUGUCAACCUGGACAACCACGAGGAGCGCUCUGGGAGGAAGGCGCUGAUGGAGGAGAUGAGGCCAGAGCUUGCCCGGCUGACGGAGCAGCUCAGUGCCUAUGCCCAAAAGCCUCUCCGGAGGCUACGUUCGGAGCUUAGGGCAGAGGCCUAG